GGACGUGUUGUUGAUUGAAACAUAGUAAAAUGGUUUUUGAAAUUCCUGAGCUUGGAAGAUGUUGCUUUUGCAUGCCUUUACGGAGGGGUAUUGCUACCUAUGGAUAUGUGAAUAUCGUGUGGUCAGCUAUUAUGAUACUAUUGCUCGCACAUUACAAUCCCUUCUUGGAGUUUGCGUUCUUAUAUUCAAAUUUACUUUUGAAUGUAGGAUGGGAGGCGUCGAUAGCACUCUACAGUAUUGACAUUGUUGUAAGCCUUGUGCUAGUAGUUGGUGCGCAUUUGAAACACGUAAAAUUGCUGAAAGCGUACAUUUGCUACGUAUUGUUUUCUUUACUUGUGUUGUUAAUCUUAAACCUGGCCGAAUUCUACAAGACGAAUUAUAUUCUAAUGGAGAUUUCAAGUUUAAUAGGAUUCAUUAUCAGUGCAUGCAUUCACAGCUACACAUUGAUAUUAGUGCAGAGUUUAAUAAAGAAAAUCGAAACAGCAACACCGGCAGAUGGCUACCAGAAUCAGCUGAAUCAAUUUGUGACUCUGGAAGACGGUGAAAUUAACGUGAAAGAAAAUGACAGUGUUGCUAUACCUGUAGAAACUUAAAUACAAUAAAAACGUAAUAUUAAUUCAACUUUGUUGGACAAAGAUCUCUUAAGAUUUCCAAAAUAAUAUCACGUUUGCUGCACCAAAAAGACAUGCCAAAAACCUAUGAUAUAUUUUUUAGGUUUGCCAGUUCAAAAAAAAUACCAAUUUUGUGGGUAAAAAAAACAGUAUUUUUAAAAACUUGAUAUUAUCUACGAAUGAAAGGAAAGGUGUGUUGUGUGUAAAAUGUAAAUGUAUUUCUUUAAAGUUAAGAAUGUAUGAAAGCUAAUCGGUCGAAUAAUAAUAAUAAUAAGAGUAUUUA